UCACCGAGAACUCGCGGUGGCAGCCGGGACGUCGGCGGACUGUGUGCCUGAGCUAAGGAGAGGUGCGUGUCCCCAGUGUCCGCUUCGGUCGCCCGGUUAGGAAUGCGUCUCAUGAAGUCGGAGUGUGGUGAAAUAUUUCGUGUGAAGCCAGCGGGGACUGUGGUGUAAUUAGAGUCAUGGUUUGGCUUUGCAUGUGCCACUAGACUGACGGCGUGCGGGUUUGAUUCAUUGAGCUAGCUGCCGUUAGCUCGCUUCGUUGAUUCAUAUCACGCUAGGUCGAUAGCCUCAGUCUAUAGCGUACCUGUUAGCCGGUUAGCUAGCUCGUAGCUAGUUUGCGUGCACUGCUGGUCGAUCCAGUCCGACAGGAGAGCACUAGACUGACUGCUCAAUACAGCCGGUGUUCACCAAAGAGGAGGUGGUGGUGGCAGGCGGGGGGCCGGGAGAAAGCGACGGGGUGGAAGUGAGUCAGGAGCGGCUGAUGAGUUCAGACCAGAGCGUGGAGCCGCCGCUGCUGCAGGAGGAGGCUGAUCCUGGACCGAAGACCGCUGGGAAGGACGAGGCUCCGCCGGGGAGCGAGGGAGGGUCAAGCGGCAUGGUCACAUCUAAGGGUGCCGGUUUGAACCCAAAUGCCAAGGUGUGGCAGGAGAUGCCUGUGGCUUCCAGUGAGGCUCUAACCAACAGCCCUCAUUGGCCCAACACAGACAUGAGUUAUUCUGAGCCUUCGUCUGCUGGGUGCAAGCAGUACACUGUAGGAUUCACGGCCCUGGAUGACAGCAGCUCCACAGCAACAGCUGAGAUAGCAGUCAAUGGAAUGGACCCUCCAGAGUUAGACUUUUCCCCCACUGAGUCCACCACGGGGACACCAGGGGAUUCUAAAGCUGACGAACAGUUACUCUCCUCUGAGAAUCUACGAGAGUCUCUGAAGAAAGAGCUGGAGUUUUAUUUUUCAAGAGAAAACCUCUCGAAGGAUUUGUACCUGAUGUCCCAGAUGGACAGUGACCAGUUUGUCCCCAUUUGGACCAUAGCCAGCAUGGAGGGCAUUAAGGUCCUCACCACUGACAUGGACCUAAUCCUGGAUGUUUUGAGAUCCUCUCCGAUGGUUCAAGUGGACGAGAAAGGGGAGAAAGUGCGUCCAAAUCACAAGCGGUGUAUCAUCAUCCUGAGGGAAGUCCCUGAAACCACACCUGUUGAGGAAGUGGAGUCCCUGUUCAAAAAUGACAACUGUCCAAAGGUGAUAAGUGUUGAGUUUGCACACAACAACAACUGGUACAUCACAUUCCAGUCAGACACGGAUGCUCAACAGGCAUACAAGUAUUUGAGAGAGGAAGUAAAAACAUUUCAGGGAAAACCCAUCAUGGCCAGGAUAAAGGCCAUCAACACAUUCUUUGCAAAGAAUGGCUACCGUAGCAUGGACAGCAGCCUGUAUGCUCAGCAGUCCCAGAGCCAGUCCCAGUACAGCUCUCCACUCUACAUGCAGCAUGUCUACCCUCAGCAGCAGUACCCAGUGUAUGGCAUUGUACCUCCCACCUGGACGGCUUCUCCCACACCCUAUUUUGAAACGCCUCUGGCACCGUUUCCCAACAGUGGCUUUGUGAAUGGGUUUGGCUCCACAGGACACUACAAAACUGGCUCCAGUUCUCUUAACAUCACUCGCCAAUUCAACAGAAGUCGUGUCCCCCUCUAUUCAAGAAAGAAUGUAAUAAAUGCCUUCAGGAACCACGUGAAGCCCCAGGUAAGGACAAGUGAAGUGACCCCAGCAUCCAUUACUCCUGUCCCCCUGGAUAGUCUGACUGGACUGCGCAGCCCACAACCUCCUGCUUUAGUCACUCCUGGCACCACCACUAACCCAGUCCAGACUGUCUCUGACCUAAGCAUGGCCUUCUCUCAUCUCUCCUCCUCCUCGGACCCCAGUGAUGACAAUGGCAUGUCUGGACGUGGAAGAAGAAACACAACCUACAGAGGAACACGCAGGAGGCGAGAAGAUGAACGGAUUACGAGGCCUGUGCCGCUAGCAGAGGUCAAGGUUUCUCCACCCAAAUUCGACUUGGCUGCCACCAAUUUCCCACCUCUUCCUGGCUGCGUGGUCAGUACACAGGGAGAGCCAGUGCUAGAAAAUCGUAUGUCAGAUGUUGUACGUGGUUUGUACAGGGACAAGACCGAACAAGCCAAUAAAGAAGCCACUGUGAGUCCAGGAUCAGGCCAAGCCUCGGUCACAGAGAUAUCUGUGGCAGUCUCGAGUCCUGCCCUGCCAGCAGCUAAAUCUGCUCCUCAACCACUUGGACCCUCUGCCCCUGGUACCCGUCAGGAGAAGAGGGCUGAACGUGGAGACAUCCCAGUACCAAAAGCAACCCCAUGCACACCUGUUCAGACUACUGUCAACCCCUCCUCCACCACCACCACCACAACCACCACCUCCUCCUCUUCCUCUUCCACACAGCCUGCACCUGGCUCCAGGCCCUCUGCUGCCGCCACGCCAGCGACACCCAGCAUGCCGGCUCCUGCUGCAGCCACUGUUCCCACCCCUGCACAGGAGCCACGUAAGCUCAGUUACGCAGAGGUGUGCCAACGGCCACCCAAGGACCCUCCCCCUGCAGCCCCCGCCCCAGCUCCCUCCGGUACUGUAUCGGGCCAGCCUUUGCGUGAGUUGCGCGUGAACAAGGCUGAGGAACCGGGCUCCAGCAGUGGUCCUAGUGACAAACAAGAGAAAGGCCAUGACAGGGAGGCAGGAUGGGAAUGCAAGGAGAGUCGGCCUCCACGUGAACGUGACUCUCAGAGCUACUAUCGUAGCAAUGGCCCCAGAGGCACGGGGGGCCUCAAGUUUCGGGACCAGAGACGCCCACCGCCGGCCCGACGCAACUCCCCCCAGGGAGGCUACAGGCAUACUGGCAAAGAGCAGAAUAUCCCACCAGUAUCGCCAAAGUAAAAACUUUGAGAUGAAUAGAAAAAAGAUGUAUGAAUAUAUACAUGGAUAUAUAUAAUUAUAUAAAAAAUAAUAACAUAAAAGCAACAACAUUAUGGUAGCCACCUUCCCCCACUGGAACUUGAAAAACUUUAAAAUGACAAUAAGACCAGGACAUCCAGGACUUGUGAGCAAAAUGAUUCAUGAAAGACUUUGACGAGUGAUUUUGAAAAGGAAACAAAUCUUGGCCUCCAGCAUUAUGCUUAGCAGAAUUUUAAGUGCGAUUCAUAUGGAGGUCAUUUCAUUUAUGCUCUGCUAGGGAAAGGUGGGAUGCUGGGCUGUGUAAAAGGCCCUCUACCUUAUUUGAUUUUAAAGAAUAGAUGUUGGUCUGCAAGAACAAUAUGCACUAAGAAGAAAAUAACAUGCAUAUUUGUCAUGUACAUAUACAAAGAUAUCACUAACACGCAAUGAGAAGUCAGUUUUUUUUGUGUGUUUAGAGUUGCAAGUAUGACUGAAGGUUUGACUGAUGUCUGUGUAUGCAUUGAUUGUUUAACAAAAUUGAUUGAAGUGCUACAGUGUGCUGUUGCACUGAUGAAAUGAAAUGGAUGAUUUUUGAUUUUUACAUCUGAGAUUAGGAAUCAUUGUCCUGAAACUGGACAGUGUGGACUUCAAAUGUAUAUUAAUGAAAUGUGUUCUAAAGUGGUAUUUUGAUCUGGUUCAUUCAGCUGUAAGUCAGAUAUCGGAAACGUUGAUGUAUGCCGCAGUCAGAUGUGUGGUUUUGUUUGAAGCCGAAAUCCACUUUGGGGUUCUCACUGGCCUGUUAGCCACAGUGAAUCUGUUAGCCUGGUCCAAAGUUGUUGUUUUUUUUAUGUUAAGUUUUAUCUUUGCUAUCUAUCUGAAAUGUUUUGGGUGUACCCACUCCAAUUGAUUGAAAUUAUUGUCAUGUUGAUAAUCAGUCAGAUUCUCUGUUUACAUGUUUGUUUGGGUAGUAGGGUGACGUAUUUCAUGAGAAGAAAUGAUUAGGUUAAUGGUAAGAUUUGACUGUUGAUUGCGCCUGAUGGUUUAGGUGAGGUUUGGCUUUUCUACAUCAUCACAGGAUAUCCAGGUUAAUCUUAUAUCUGUGAAAUGUUCUUAACAAUGGCAUAGUGUCAAAAAUAGACUGGGGAUUGCUAUUAGCUAAGAAUGUUUGCUACAUAAUUUGGCAGCCGAUUGGGUAUAAAGAGGAUUGGAUUUAUUUUCACGUGCUAUGUGCCAGCUGCCUAUGAUCGUAGUGUGCUAGGAUAAAGUUUCGAUUUGUAUUUACAAGGUCUGCUAAAUAAUAGGCUUGGGGAAAUGUUUGGCCCAGUGAAACUGGAUUCUGAAGAAGCUAUAGAGGUGUAGUUGCCUAUGCUAUAUUAUAAUAACCCGUCACUAGCGGUGUGUGUGGGAGAAUGUAAUUGUUCUAGUUCUAAUUUACAGAUGGAGGCUUUUGACAGCAGCUAUCCACCUGAUUGUUUUGUGCUCUUAGGGUGAGUUUGCUGUUUUGUGUUUUUUCUUUCUUUUUUUUUCUUUUUUAAACAUUAAAAAAAAAAAACAGGUUGACUUAGAAUUUGAAGUUUGACUCACUGUAUGUAUUUGCUUUUUAAAUUUAUUUAUUUUAAUUCUGAUGCACAAAGCUUUUCUCCCAAUCUUGGUAGGCUGGAUUCCCCAAAGUUGUGUGAAAUCGCAUUGGCAAAAUAAAAUCACGCAUAUGACAUUUAUCUACUGUUCGAAAUGUCAGCUGAGAGAAAAUACUUGAUGCAUUGACUUUGGGUUUAGUAACGCAGUAAACGAGUAACCAAUCACUGGGGCUGUUAUUUCUUUUUCAUUUUUGAGUUUGAGCAGCUAGUGGUUUAGGAUAAUUAAAUAAAUGCACUAACUCGUUUUAAAAAAACAACAAAAAACUUACUCAUGAGUAAGGUGAAAUCAUUUUUGAGGCAUAUGGUUGAUGUUGACAGGCUUGCAAAUACCAUGAGGAAAUGCUUCCACCCCCUCCAUAUGUUUGGGUUAUUUUGUUAAUUUGGGUUGGGGUGGCAAAGGAAAUAUAGCAAUGGAUCAACCAAGUGUUUGAGACACAAUCCUAGAACUGUAUGAAAUGUCACCAAAAAUAAAUUAUUUUGAUUUGG